AUGUACAGUAUUGGCACGGGUUCAGCUCUGGUGGAGGUGGAAAAGUCUCUGCUGCAUCAGGUGGAGGUGGAAAAGUCUCUGCUGCUUCAGGUGGAGGUGGAAAAGUCUCUGCUGCAUCAGGUGGAGGUGGAAAAGUCUCUGCUGCUUCAGGUGGAGGUGGAAAAGUCUCUGCUGCAUCAGGUGGAGGUGGAAAAGUCUCUGCUGCUUCAGGUGGAGGUGGAAAAGUCUCUGCUGCAUCAGGUGGAGGUGGAAAAGUCUCUGCUGCUUCAGGUGGAGGUGGAAAAGUCUCUGCUGCUUCAGGUGGAGGUGGAAAAGUCUCUGCUGCUUCAGGUGGAGGUGGAAAAGUCUCUGCUGCUUCAGGUGGAGGUGGAAAAGUCUCUGCUGCUUCAGGUGGAGGUGGAAAAGUCUCUGCUGCUUCAGGUGGAGGUGGAAAAGUCUCUGCUGCUUCAGGUGGAGGUGGAAAAGUCUCUGCUGCAUCAGGUGGAGGUGGAAAAGUCUCUGCUGCUUCAGGUGGAGGUGGAAAAGUCUCUGCUGCUUCAGGUGGAGGUGGAAAAGUCUCUGCUGCAUCAGGUGGAGGUGGAAAAGUCUCUGCUGCUUCAGGUGGAGGUGGAAAAGUCUCUGCUGCUUCAGGUGGAGGUGGAAAAGUCUCUGCUGCUUCAGGUGGAGGUGGAAAAGUCUCUGCUGCUUCAGGUGGAGGUGGAAAAGUCUCUGCUGCUUCAGGUGGAGGUGGAAAAGUCUCUGCUGCUUCAGGUGGAGGUGGAAAAGUCUCUGCUGCUUCAGGUGGAGGUGGAAAAGUCUCUGCUGCUUCAGGUGGAGGUGGAAAAGUCUCUGCUGCUUCAGGUGGAGGUGGAAAAGUCUCUGCUGCUUCAGGUGGAGGUGGAAAAGUCUCUGCUGCUUCAGGUGGAGGUGGAAAAGUCUCUGCUGCUUCAGGUGGAGGUGGAAAAGUCUCUGCUGCAUCAGGUGGAGGUGGAAAAGUCUCUGCUGCUUCAGGUGGAGGUGGAAAAGUCUCUGCUGCAUCAGGUGGAGGUGGAAAAGUCUCUGCUGCUUCAGGUGGAGGUGGAAAAGUCUCUGCUGCUUCAGGUGGAGGUGGAAAAGUCUCUGCUGCUUCAGGUGGAGGUGGAAAAGUCUCUACUGCUUCAGGGACCUCAUUCUUUCAGCGACAUGUUCUGA